GUAACAAAAAACGUCGCGCAAGUUGUCCAAGAUCAUGUAAAAAAAGGAAAUUUAGCACUCACCUUGGGCGGUGAUCAUAGUCUCGCUAUGGGUACUGUAUUUGGUACGUUUUCUGUACAUCCGGAUGCUGUCCUUAUUUGGAUUGAUGCUCAUGCUGAUAUUAACACGCCGGAAACAACAGAUUCAGGAAACAUUCACGGUUGUCCGGUAUCAUUCCUAAUGGGCAUUGCUGGAGAAGUAGAAGGCUUCGAAUGGCUAAAACCUGUUUUGAGACCGGAUAGAUUAGUUUAUAUUGGUCUUCGAGACGUUGAUCUACCGGAAAAAAAGAUCUUAAAAGAAAAUAAUAUUGCGGCAUAUUCUAUGCACGAAGUUGAUAAAUAUGGUAUAGGUAAAGUUGUAGAGAUGGCUUUGGAUCGUGUUAAUCCAAAACGUGAUCGUCCGAUUCAUCUUAGUUUUGAUGUUGAUGCCUUGGAUCCUAGUGUCGCGCCUAGUACAG